CUCAAUGUCGAUUUGAUAAAGGGCUUUUUACUUCGUUUACAAUAUUGAAAUGUUUUGGUAUUUUGUUUAGAUUUAUGAUAUUCCAGAGACACAUGUCUCUGGAUAAUCCCAUCGCAGCAGAAGGCGUGGAUCAACAACAGCUUAAAUCAAUCCAGACUUUUUUAUUUGGUCGUCAUCAACAAUUAUGAACAUCUUGAAAUUGUCUAAGUACCAAGCGUAAAGCAACAACGGAUCUCUUGAAUAUACAAGAAUACAACUACGAACGUCUGUAGAUUCUUGGAAUACAGAGUUUUUCGUUGUACAGAAACGAUGAAGAUGAAGCGAUUUGUAGAAGCAUCGCUGUUGAGUAUUCUCCUAGCUGACACUUUUACGACAGGACAAUCUGAAUGUUGCUUCCUUCAAGUGAAUACUUGCGAUGAUCGUUAUUCGUCAAUUACUAGAAACAGCUUCAUCUUGAAUGGACUUGAGGCAAAACUGAACGAAUGUGCAGGAAAAGCAAUGGAUAUCGCGUAUAUUUACCAAUCAAUGCAAUACUUUUUUCGGCGAGAUGAUAUUGCCUUCAUGGGUCUUUCUAAGGCGUUUAGGAAUGCCUUCUACAACGAGAUUGUCCUGACUCUAGCUAUCAGGGAUUAUGUCGAUACAAGGGGAGGGUGUGUCACGUUUCCAGAUAUUACAGCCCCACCCGAGUGCCAUUGGUGCCAGGUAGAUGCUAUACAAAGAUCUUUAGAUGAGACAAUCGGCCUCUGUGAUUGCCUCAAUGAAGCAGCGGUCAUUGCAAAUGCUGCAGAAGAUUUCGGGGCAUUGGAGUUCUUGAGUGUUUGGGCUGCAGAACGUGUGGAUACGGCCAAGGGCUUGAGCUACUUUCUGAAGGGGGCUCUUCUCAGCCAGGCUCGAUCUAGCAAUCAAUGGAUCUUUAAUGUUCUCCGUGACUGGAAUGUGGCGAUCUUUGCAAACAUGAUAACACCAGCGACGACAAAGCCUGAUCCACUUCCUCUAUCGUCAUAAGACUUAAUAUGUUAAUAAGUGUUAAAAA